AUGGACGGAGAUUCGGAGGAACUGAGUGAUGAUGUUCAGGGUGAAGACAGGCCUGUUGUGUUGUGGGAGAAGUGCAUUCAGCAGAGCAUCUUUGUAGACCUCAGUGAGGAUGAAAGUCUCCACCUGAGUGAUCUAGAGAGCUCCAUAGCAUUACAUCUCUCCCAAGCAGAGUCAGCUGCCUCGGAGGCUAGCAUCCAUCUGAGUGGGAGUGCAGAGCUGUCAGUGCUGGAGGACACCUCCUCAGAAAGCAGCACCGUCAGCAGUAAGAACGCAGUCGAGAGCAAGACUAAGAGCAGCACAGUUUAUGUGUCGGCCCAAAGACCAAACACCAUGCAUGAUGAGCCACCAGUGAAGCAACAGAUUGAGGAUCCAGGACAACAUACCAGCGAUGAAGACCAGGAGGACCUCCCUUAUGAUGGUGACCUCAAAAGCCCUUAUUUCAACCACACAGCUAGCUCUAUGGAAAACUCAGGAGGACACACUGCUAAUGGAAGUCCACAUCCUCCAUGUCUUCCUGAGCUGAAAGUGGAUAUCAAAACCAAAUGUGACAACUCUCACGAAGCUCUCGAACCUAUGGAAAUAGCUCCACCAUGCCCUGUUCCUGCAGACAUUAACCAUUUGUUGCUGCGACACUUCUUAGAGGAGGAGCUGCUGCAGUCAGGUAGGCUGAUUGAGGCGGAGACCCUGCCAGAAGUGUCCCUGCUGGAGAGUGUGGACGAGAGCGUCUUCAGCUUAGCUCAGCCACACAGGAGUUCAGCAACUCAAAGAAACAUCUCCGAAAGCCUCAAUGAAAGGAGCAGAACUGCGUCUAAAGACGAAAGCUUAGAAGUAAAGACAGCAAAAGAAAUUAACUAUUUUACGUCAGCUGCUUCUGACAGAAAUGCACCCAGCUUAGGAAGUUCAAACCAGAGCAGUGGGGAUGUCAGCGCUGAUGUGGGGAACCAAGAAAACACAGAGGAGGACGAUCAGGUUCAGAGAGCCCCUCUGGUGCGUGCGAGGUCCUUCGGUGAGAUGAAAUAUGGCCAGGGUCAAGUUCAUUACCCGCUCCCAGACUUCUCCAAGGUUGCCCCUAAGGUGAAAAUCCCCAAAACUCCAAGUGGACCUGUGAGAUCUGUUCCUCAGUGCCCUAGCCCCAUGCACAGAGCCCAGUCUUCCCCGGGGAUGUUGGAGGUGCUCAGCAGAGUCCUGGAGGAUUCGAUCCAGCCUCCAGAGAAGCCCUAUGUCUUCAAAGACAGCGAGCAGCCGACUCAACCAGCUCUGGUGCAUCACCUGCAGGCUGAGUAUGACAGAUUACUGACCAAGUACGCAGAGGCAGAGAACCUCAUCGAUCAAAUGAGACUAGGCACCAAUCAUGAAGAGACUCUCAGCGACGGCGAGAGGAUGACCGCUGAGCUGCGAGACGUCGUCAGUCACUUCACGCAGAAGGUUGAAGACUUGAAAUGUAACGUGAGCAGCAUGGCUGUGAGCACAGCUGAACAGCAAAUGAUGUUGAGGAGCAUGAUGGAGGCCCAGGACCAACUGGAGAGGAAAUACAUCAAUAAGAAGGAGGAGCACCGAGCCUUGGAGAUGCAGAACUACAUAGGUCUUUCCAGGAACACAGGAGCCUUUGACCCGAACAGACUUGUAGAAGGAGACAUAUUCAGGAUAGGGAUGCACCUCGAGGACAUAAAGGAGAUGAUUGACAAAAACAUGUACGAGCAGAUUUCUCCCCCUCAGUCAUCGUCCACUCCCACGUUCACAACCCCGUUACUGCAUGUGAAGCCCGCGCUGCUCUCCUUUGACACACCUUCACCUCCACCUUCUCUGCAUGAGGGCUCAAGUGCAGGUUUGUCCUCACUAAGGUGUAAAACCAACCUGCAGAAAGGAGAUGGAGAGGAAGAAACGAAGGAGGCCAGCGAGGUUUUUGUAAAUGAUGAAUUAAACCAAAGCAGCGACGUUGCUGAUGCUGGACGUAACAUCGACAUUUACUGGGACUCUCUGGGCUCUUUGGAGGGACAGCGGUGGAAGACAGAAGAGGAUGAGGAGGGCCACGAAGAGGAGAGGAGCUCAGCUGUGUCCGAGGGGAGAGACAUCUUAGCAGCACACCAGAGAGAAACCAGGUCAGCAUCAGAACGGAGGCACCGGGCCGCUAACAGUCCCCUAAAUCCAAACCUUGAUUGUGAUCUUGGUGAUGGUGUGAGUCUGGCGGUGGAGGUCUCCUGUUCUUCUCAUCUUCGCAGAGACUCAGACGCCCGCAGCAGCUCAGAGCCUCCUGUCGGCACCUCGUGUGUUUCACAGAGGAUUGUGAGUCCAGAGACGGACAGUGGCUUUGGAAGCUCCUAUUUGAACCAAUCAGGCACUGCAGCAUUUCAGCCUAAUCUGCUCACUGGAAGUGACGGUGUAAGUGGUUCUGACAGUGAAGGUUCCUGCUCACAUCUGAACACAACAAUCCAUUCAGCCCUCCCGUCUGUUCAAGCCCAGCUCUGUGGAGCAGCAGUGGAGCUGUGGGUGGAGAGCACCACCAAGGAGCCACCAGUCAGGCUGAGGGGAACUGAGCAGAAGCUACGAAUGCCGCUCCUGCACCACCUUUCUGAGCCUGUCCUCAGCGCCAGCAUGGAUGCUGUGGACAGACACAGCCCUCUGAACUCCUGCUCCUGCAACGGUGAGGCCAUCCUGGCCCUGCAGACUGAGGUGUCCAGGCUGAAGAAGGACCUGGAGGAGGGCUUGGUCCAGCUGCCUCACUUAGCACAAAGGAUGGAUGAUCUCACAACAAAAUACAGAGAAGAACGCCAGGGGCGCAGGUCUAAGACCAGAACACCAACUUCCAGCAGCAUGGGGAAGUCAAACAGCAGAGGAGUGACCAAUCACAUGUCCAAUCAGCAGAAAAUAGAGGACUGGAUUUCUUCAGACAUGGAUCACAGCAAGAGCAAGGGUACAGAGAGUGUGGAUGGAAGCUGCUCUGAGAACAUGUUGGAGGAACGAGAUUCGCUCGUAGGAAGCAGAAAACAUGCUGGAAGUGUUCGCUUGGCUGAGUUUGGAGAUACAUUUCAGCGUACAUCGUCCAACAGAGCCACCAGGAGUUUUAUUUCCAACGACAGGUGGUCUCCUCUCUCGACUCCCUCCCUUCAGAAGCCCCUCCUUCAGGUCAACUAUGGCUCCUCCAGCAGCCUCCCAGCCAGCUACAAAGUGAGGGAACCACAGCUGAUGUCUGUCUCCUGUCAGAGAAAUCACUUCACCCAGUCAGACUCAGCACUCCUGCCCAGUAACAUGCUCUUCCAGCAGACACCAUCCCCAGUCUCACUACGCUCCAGGACAAGCAGCAAGACAAGAAGACAUAGAGGAAAGAAGGAGGAAGACAUGAGCAGGACUUUGGACCAGGCUAUUGAGGUUGCCCGCAGCAUGAAAAGGACCACAGACCGGAUGGCCAGGAGACUUUCUGCUGACCUGGUCCAGGCUCAGCUGCACAGGAAGCUCUACAACCUGCAGCCACUGGGGGGCAGGAAACACCAGACUUUCUAACACCGGCUCCCAGAUUACUGUACAUCCAU